CUGGCUUCUGGAUCGUAUUCUGAGUAGGCUUCUUUCUGGCGAUGGAGGUCAUCCGGCCGAUGGAGGUCCCACCAGGAAAACUUCAUUUUUAUGUCAUUACUCUUAUGAAGAUGGCAUUCUCGCGGGAGGUUUACAGUGACUUGUUGGAGGGUGACGGCUUCACCGGAGGAUGGUGGCGGCGGUGUCGAACGAGAACCAAGUAUGAACACAGAAGGAACUUUGAGAGUAGCUGUAGGAGUUUUUUUGGCUCAAGAAUACGUGAGGAAUGUAUUGUGCGUUGUGUUGUUGCAAAUCACCUGCCAGCUAUUUAUAGGAGGAUUUGUUGUGUGUUAAAUGGGGUGUUAAUGGAUCUGAACGUUGGACAUCAAUGACCAGUCCGUUGGGCAUUGAAUCGUCCAUAAACUGUCCAUUUAACGCAGCAUUAAAAGAGAAGAACGUUGGGCAUUAAUUGUUGUAACGGACCAGAAGACAUUCUGUUGCGAACAGAAGGCCUCGAGGGUCUCUGUUGCGGAGUAUGUUUGCAAUGUGCUAAUGAUGUUACGACAAACUUGAUGGUUGCGGCAGGCUUGGAGGAUGGCUGUGAUGUGCGAAUGAU